CAGAGGAGGGGCGGAAGGCGGAGCCGGAGCUACGGAGGGAAGGGGGUGACGCACUAGUGAUUGUUUAAGCCAGGCCCAGAGAUUGUCGCCGGAAUCCCCCUCUUAACCACACUGGUGAGAAUAGGUUCCAUGAUGCUGCCUACGGUCUUAUACAAGGUGGCAUUUUGGCUGGCAUUGGGAUGGACUCUGUCAUCUGCUCAUAGUCCUCGGACUCCAGACCGAGUCUCAGAAGCAGAUAUUCAGAGGUUGCUCCAUGGAGUGAUGGAACAACUGGGCAUUGCCCGACCUCGAGUAGAAUAUCCUGCUCAUCAGGCUAUGAAUCUUGUGGGUCCACAGAGCAUUGAAGGUGGUGCCCAUGAAGGUCUGCAGCAUUUGGGUCCUUAUGGAAACAUCCCUAACAUUGUGGCUGAGUUGACUGGUGAUAACAUCCCCAAGGACUUCAGUGAGGACCAGGGCUAUCCGGAUCCCCCAAAUCCCUGCCCCAUUGGAAAAACAGUAGAUGAUGGAUGUUUGGAAAACUCCCCUGACACCGCAGAAUUCAGCCGAGAGUUUCAACUACAUCAACACCUUUUUGAUCCUGAACAUGACUAUCCUGGCUUGGGCAAAUGGAACAAGAAGCUUCUUUAUGAAAAGAUGAAAGGUGGACAGAGACGGAGGAAGAGGAAUGUGAACCCCUAUCUGCAAGGGCAGAGACUGGACAAUGUGGUGGCAAAGAAGUCUGUGCCUCAUUUUUCAGAUGAGGACAAAGAUGAAGAGUAAAGUGAAGAAGAUUAAAGAAUACAGAUGCAGCCCAUUAUAUCACAAUAUUGCUUACGUGUAUUGACUAUUAAAAUCCUAGUGAAUGGCAGCAUGUUUAUUGUUUAUAUAAUUAUGGAUGAAAAGCAGCUGUAUUUAUGACAUUGUGUUGUCAUAGAUAAAGAAAAGAUGUCUCUGCUUUCUGUUAAAUUAUUGUAAUAGGAGCUUUGAGGAUAUUUUGUUUCAGGCCUGGAAUGGGCUUCCAAAUUAAAGUGAUUUUGAUAGCUAGUGUAUACAUCUACAGUCAUAAAAAGCAAGAUAAUAAAAUUUACUCAGUUUGGUGGUAGUUUAAAUGAUAUUUGGGAUCUAGUUUGAUACCUAUUACUCUAAAAAGCAGAGUUUGAUUUUGAUUAUUUAGUUCACCAAGCUCUAUACCUCAAUAAAUAUUAUUUUACUCAUGA